UCUGUACUCUCGUUGGUUGCCGCCGCUCGCCGUUCAUUCUAGCCUAUAAUAUAUCUAUAUUGUGCAUGUUACAAUUCGUUUUGGCUGCCCGCUAGACGCGAGUGCUUCUAUUUCAUUAUUUGUAGAACUCUAGACGACGCGAAUUAAAAAAAAGGUGAAUUAUUAUAUUUUCAUCUUUCUGUACGUACUGAUCGAAGACGAUCGCGACAUCAAGCAUCAAAUCUAAGUCGAGCAAAACUACUUCCUUCUACCGAAGCAGACGGCAGCUGAUGUGCACACGCUCGAUCACCGGCGAUAACGCAUUCAGCCAGACGCCAAACAUCAUCUCAACAUAAACUUCUGUGUGUGUAUCCAAAUCCACGAAUUCGACAUACGUCCUUGGUGCCUGAUUAAAUAUCAACGCUGCAAAAAUGAGUCAAGUAUCUACGACGUCAUACCCAUAUGGUACGUUAGUUUGGGUAAAAGUGGUCAAUCGUUAUUGGUGGCCUGGCAUAGUUGUAGAUCCCCAAACGAUUCCAUCAGAUUUGUUAGAAUAUGUUAAUAAUGUAAACCCCAUUGCGGUGGUCCAUUAUGAAUAUGAAAAUAAAUAUGAAGUUGUUGAAAAACAAAAUAAUAUAUGUCUAUACUCAGGCCCUCAUAAAAAUGAUUAUAUUGCAAAAGGGCUUACCUUAUAUAAAAAUCAGAAGAAAGGUAUACCAACAGUAGGUAAAUAUGAUAUGGAAGCCUUUAAGGAAGACAUUUUAUCAAUGGAAAAGCGUAUUGGAGGUGAUGUUAAUAUUUUUGAAACUAUAAGAAAAAAUCAAGAAGAAAUUAAGUUACUCAUCAACUCUAAUUUUACCCCAUCUAAAAUAAAAGGUCAUAAGAAAGAGAAAGUUGUGAAAGAAGCAGUUAAAGUUGUUCCAAAAUCUCGAGGAAAAUCUUUACCCACACCUAAAUCUCAACCCAAUAUUAAAACUAAAGAAUCACCAUCUAUAUCACAACCAAAACAAAAUCGUACCAGCAAACAAAAAUCUUCACCUCCAUCAAAAGUUGUAAAACUCCAUACACCCAUUAGAACAGCAGUAACAAAUGGUUAUACUUGUCAUGUACACGUUAACUGUACUUUUAAAACUAAUAGUUAUGAUAUCCUAAAACGGCACAUGGCAACGUGUAAAAAUGAUCUUAAAGAGGUAACAGUCGAAAAAUUACCUAACGCCAAAAAACGAAAAAAUAUAAAGAACAAAUCGUCAGAAGCUAAAAAAAUUAAAUUACAAGAGGAGUUAUUGAAAGAUUGGGAUAAUGAUGGCGAAGAUGACGAUGUGGAAUUCGAUAAAAGUAAUGUACAAAGUACAAGUGAAGUUGCACCAACCAUUGCUAAAGUUACACCAACAACAAGCGAAGUUUUAUCGAUUAAUAGUGAAUUUAUACCUACUACAACAAGUGAAGACUUACCUAACACAACAAGUGAAGUUUUGCCUUCCACAACGAGUGAUGAAGUCUUACCUACCAUUUCAAAUGAAAUUCAAGAAACUAACACAACUUUUGAUUUCAACAAAAAUGAUGAUAAUACCACUGUCGUAGAACCAAGACAAAAUGAAUCUGAUUGUAAUUCAACUGUGAAUGUUAUAAAUGAUAAAUUUGAACUGCAGGUAUCUUCAGAUAUAAAAAGUAUUGAAACAGCACGAAAUGAAUCACUUCUAGUUGAGAAAAUUGAAGAUCCUUCCAUUGAACCUCGUGAAAUCCAUUCAAAUGAAUUUACAAAUGAAAUUGAUGAUCAAACAAAAACUACUGAUUUAUUAUUAGAAAAAACGGUAAAUACUUUAGAUCAAAUAAACAAUUUUGAAAGUUCAUUAAGUGACAUUUCAAAUACUCUAAAUAAAUCUGAUUCAAAUAUAUUGACUAAAGAUAACAACAUUGGUGGUGUACAUGAGUUAAGUGGAUUUGACUCUCUAAAAAAACCUACUAGCCCAAGUAAAGAAGUUCAUACAAAGAUUGAUAACAGCAUAGAUAUUGUUGAAAAGGUUGAAAUUAUGUCUAUUCAGGUAAAAAAUCCUGAAGUUGUUGAAGAGAAAACUAAUGAUACAGAGAUAGUUCCAAAUGAUGUAGAAGUUAAUCAUCCAAAUGAUACAAAAAUAGAUACAGAUGUGCCCAUUGAGAAUUCUUGUUCUGUAGAUAAUAUUUCAAAUAGAAUGGACUCUGAAGAUGAAAUCACUGCUGAAAAGGAUGGGGUAAAGUACUAUUUAAAAGGUAUAGAACCUGGUUGGAUAAAAGAGAAUAAUUGGCAAUCACAUGCAGUUAGUGGACUUAAGGAAGGUAAUGAUUUUGUCAGACUAUGGAACCUCAUCCCCAAAUCACCGAAUUAUAGACCCAUUCUGAGAAUUCCUGAAUCACCCGCCAACAAACCCGAACCAUUCAAUCCGGUACUCAACUCAGGAGUAAAAAAUGAUCCAAAGGCGCCCAUCUUGGUCGAUUUCCAAAGAAUUUUGGUGCCUAUCGCAUCUUUGAUUCCUGUUACAGAAGAAUUGAGAAAUGAACCUAGAGUACAAGCUUUUCAAGCAAUCGUAGAUAAUGGAGGUGGGUUAGAAUACAUGUUAAAACGUACAAAUGAUAUAAUCAAAUUACCCAAUAAUUUUCCUGCGAUAUGAAAAUCUAUCGAUGUUAAAACAAACUUAAAACUGUUACACCAGCACUACUCAAAAAGUACAAAUUUAGUUAGUACCUCUGUUAAAUAUAUAUAAUCAUUUAUAACAGCCCAUUUGAUCUUUACUUUUAUUUGCCUCAUUGUGUAUUUAAUAUAAUGAUAUUAUAUUAUGUAUAUUACGACAAAUAUUGUUUACCUCAAGUGGGAUAGUGACUAAUGUACGUUCUUGAUAUAAUAGAUAUAAUCUUCCUUUUUUAUGAUAUUUUAGAUAAUAACUUUCGAUUUUAUAUUUUUCAAUUAUAAUAUUAUCGCGCAAUCGUCAAAUUUUUUGAAAGUUAUUUUUCGGCAAUUUCACAAAUAUUUUUCGUUUUAAAAAUCUAUGCAAAAAUCAUUGUUUUUUUUUUUUAUUAUUAUCUUGACCAUAUACACAGUUUUCAACUUUAAUCAUUUUGUAUUUGAUGAAUUUUUUUAUGUUAACCACAUACUAAAAUAUACAUAUAUAUAUAUAUAUUUCUUAGUCCGUGAUGUUAACUUAAAUUAAUUGUUUUUUUUUCAUACGAUUUCCAUAAUUUAUUAGAUAAAUGUACAAUCUCUGUAUUAUACUAUAAUAUUUUAUUUACUUUCAUGUUCCAACGUCCCUGGAAAGUUGUAUUAAUUGUACACUUCGGUAACUCCUUCGUUCAAAACAUACAAAUAAUUAUAAAUACUUGUUAUAGUUUAAUUUUACGACUCAUUAUAAAUUGACUUUACUCUGCUUAUAUAAUGCUAGUACAAUAAAAUAAAUAAAAUAUGUAGGUAUGUAUAAUAAGUACAAAGCUAAAAUCUUAAGUAAAUUUAGUUUGAAAAUUUUUGUAUUUUUAUUUAUUUAUUUUUAGUAUUAACUAUAACUGUACUAAUUAAAUAAUCUGUUUUAUAAAUUUUUAAGCAAUUCUUUAAAAUGUUAUUAUUCUAUAUGAGUAUUGACAAUACUCAUAAGGUAGUGCAUAUCAUUUAUUAUAAUUUAAUAUAUAGUUGCGUGUCACCGUAUUUGUAACUUUUUAGUGCUGGUUCGGUGAAAGCUUGAUUUUUUUUCCAUUGUUUUUUUCCUUCAAUAUUAAAAUUUAUUCUCAAAAUACAUAAGCUAUAUUUUUAUCUAUGUAUAUAAACUAUAAUUCGAAGUAAGCUAAUAUGUUUAUGUAAUUUAAACUGUAGACUUAUAAUUUUCUAUUAAAUAUAAAUUAGUUAUAGAUA